AUGAGUUAUUUGUCUGCACCUGAAAAAGGAAGAGGCCGCGUCUGGGUCGCGAAGAGGCGGGAUGUUCCCAUGGGACGGAAGCGGCUGCUGCUGCUUCUGCGGCUGGUUAAAGGAUUGCACCUGACAGACGCUCUAGACUGGCUGCAAGCCCUGGCAAUACACAGAGCAAAUGCACUUUGGAACGUCUUAGCAAAACAGCAGCAGAAAAUUCGUGAUGAAGGCGCAGAUAUAUCUAGAGUCUUCAUCGACAGCUACAUUAUUGGCCCAGCAGGACAUGUCAAAACCAUGCGGGUAGGACACAACUACCGGGUUUCUUUUCUCAAGUCUUACCGCUACUCUGUGGCCGUUCGUCUGCGGGAGCUGCCGUUGCACGAAUACUUCCACCGUCUGUUCAUUUUGAAACAAGUUCCUCGCAGCCUGGGUCAUGACAUGCGCCUUGCCCUUCACCAGCAGCAACUGCCGCAGGAGGCUGCUCGUGACUGGCUUCCAUACCUCGAUGCCCACACCCGCAGCCAACACAAGCGGCGGCUCAAAGUGUUGGAUCGCCAGCGCCUGUUCAAUUACUAUUUGGCUCGUCGAGCAUUUGUGUGCUCGUACACCUCAAGAAUGCGUCGAAUGAGCGAAGAGGCAGCGGCUUCUCGUGGCACUUCCUUGGAAGCUGUCCAAGCCUACUUAGGGAGCAAAAGCCAGUUAAAAGGGAUAGACCCCCCCGAAAACUGA